AUGAAAGCCUCACACUUCGUUGCAUUGCUCCCCACCGCCGGACUGGUCGCAGGGAUGCCGCAUCAAGCCCGCGACCUCUGCGCCGGACUACCCACCACCGGAGUCCUCAGCGCCGCCACCAACCUGCUCUGUGAGAAGAUCACCUUGACCAACUCAGGUUGCUCAGUGAGCGUGAAGUUCCCCUGGGAUCUACCAAAGAGCUCAUUUACCUUGGAGGAUGAUACCUCGAAGACUUUCCUUGCUCAGCGCGGCCAGACGCUGCAGUUGGACGCCCAGCCAAAAACCGACCACUCCGCCGCCACCUGGACAGGGACCAGCGGAGGAACCAACCCCACGACUUACAAAGUUCCCCUGGUGGGCGACCUCCCUGAUAUCAAGGUGUUGUGUCCUGAGACCUGCGUGGCGACGGACAAGAUUUGCGAUAUCAAUAAUCCAGGGAUGUGUUGCUCGCGAACUUGUGGCGUUAAGCCUCAGAUUGGGACUGAGUAUUACUGUUAUUAG